UAACUUUUUUGUUGUAGAAAAAUUGGUACACUUGCUAUCGUCCGAAGCGGUCUAGUGUAACAAUAAAAUCAGAAUGGCUUCUUUGUGUAGACAAAUUAUCCGUGCUAAUGCAUUUAGGGGUGCUUUGGUUAAUGCCGCCCGACGGGGAUAUGCCGAUAAAAUGAUGCCGGAUCCUCUUGAACAUGCGACUGGUUUGGAAAGGAAGGAAUUGUUGGCCCUCCAGGCCGGCGACGACGACCCCUUCAACAUGAAAGUGUUAAAGAAAAACGCUGGCACCCGUGACAAUCCCACACUUGUACCCUCAUGCUUUGAUGCCCGUAUUGUUGGAUGCAUAUGUGACGAACACUCCACAGCAAUCACCUGGCUUUGGUUACAUAAGGGCCACCCCCGCCGUUGCGAAUGCGGACACUGGUACAAACUGACCGAGAAGCCAGUUCUCUAAACACAAUUUCUACUUAGUUUAUUAAAAGUAGUGAUUUAAUACAACUGCAAUAACGUAUCUCAUACGCGCGCACAGCCUUCCGUUGCUUGUGGUUCCUCGUGUUGCCAUAUGCAUAAAUAUUAACUUUGGAGAUACGCUAGUUUACGAUUGAAAUUACCAAAUCGAUACAAAUCAAUAUUAAAUAAUUGUAAGCAUAACCGGUGUUUUAUUAUUUUAUAAGUUACCUGUGUUCUGGUGCAUUGAUGUAAUGGGAAUAGUGUUAUGUAGUUAAAUAAACAAUUCAACUGUUAAAA